AUGAAGAAGGUCGUAUUGUUUAAAAGCACGUCCGAAGAUUAUCAAAAUGCGUUCAGUGACAGUAAUUACGAGCCCAUAUUUGUGGAGCCCCUUCAAUUUGUCUUUAUAAACUUACAAGGACUUUCAGAGAAGUUGACAAAGAACGAUUACGAUGGCAUUAUACUAUCGAGUCCGCGGGCUAUCGAAGCUGUCUCGAAAUGCUGGUCUCCCUCGAAAUACGUAGCCUGGAAUUCAAAACGAGUGUACACGGUGGGUGAAGUUAGCUGUCAGAAAAUAAAACAUAUGCUUGGCUUGGAUGCAUUGGGUGGCACUACUGGUAAUGCAGAAAAUUUGGCAAACCUGAUUGCUUCUGAAAACCCUGAGUCUACUAGGUUUUUAUUCCCAUGUGGAAACUUAAGAUCUGAAAUAUUACCAAACGUAUUAGGAGCAGCAAAGAUGACAGUUGAACCAUUGACAGUGUAUGAAACAAAAGAAAAUGAACAUCUAAGAGAAAGAUUAAUAGACCUAAAUGAAAAUGUAAAUCCUUGCUGUAUGGUGUUUUUUAGUCCCUCAGGUUGUGAGUACAUUUACAGGCAGUUACAGACAUUUAGCAAUAACCUCUCUUUAUUGCCGCACUUUGCAAUCGGAAACUCUACAGCUCAUAAGAUUGAGAACUUGGGUGUUGAGAUAGCAGGAGUGGCAGCUAAGCCCAAACCAGAGUGUGUUAUUGAAUCUGUUGUUGAAUAUUUCAGAACAUUUGAAGCCUGUGGUUAG